GAUGCCACUAUGAGACUGAGCUCCCUGGUGCUGUUCCUCACCUCCGCUCUGCUGACUUUCAGUGCUGACCACAUCCUGCCAGGAGAAGCAGUAGCAGAGGUGGAAAGCAGGGAGCAGAAAGUGUGGGCCAGAGCAGGGGAUUCAGCCACGCUGCCUUGCUACCUGAGCCCCGGGAAGAGGCAGAAUUUGCUGUCUGAUAAGAUGUCCAUGCUGUGGCUCCGGCACGGGGGAAGCGGCCAGCAGGAGCCCCAGGUGGUGCUGGAGGUGGGGCCGUCGGGGCUGCGGAAGAUGUCGCUGCCCAUGCGGCCGCGGGUGACCGUCCAGGACUCUGCCUUACGCAGCGGCGAUUUCUCGCUGCGGAUCAGCCCGGUGCGGAGCAGCGAUGCUGGGCUGUAUGAGGCACGGGUGGCACACAACACGGAGCUGCUGAGCUGCCGGCUGCAGCUGGGGGUAGUUACAGUAACCCUCAGCCAGCCCAGCCCUGUGGUAGAAAAUGAGCCACUUCUGCUGAGCUGCAACUCCAGCCAUCGGGCCAGGCUGGUGGAGACCUGCUGGUUCCACAAGGGGCACCUGCUCCCCACCUCCAGGCCCUUCUGCUUCUGGCGUGGGGCACACUUCAUGCUCCGGCCAGCCAUGAGCGACGCUGGCUCCUGGCGCUGCCAGCUCAGGUACUCCGAUGACGAGAUCGUUUCUGCCACCUACAACCUGCAGAUCCUAGGUUUUAGUGGCCCAAGCAACCCCAUAGUCUAUGCUGCAGCUGGCUCUGCAGCUGACCUACCAUGCACCCUGAGCCACCUUCCCAGCACCUCUGGGAGCAACAUGGUGACAGCCCACUGGAGCCACCUUGCUCAAGGACACUUGCAAGAAUGGAGCAUCUCCCAGAACAGAAGCAGCAGAAGCUUCCCCCUUCAUCUCCCCACAGUGGGGCCAGGCGACGCGGGGCAGUACCGCUGCGCUGUCAGUGUGGGCAGGAGGACAAUCAGCAGGGACGUGACCUUGGCAGUAGUUACAGUCACCCCGAGCAUCCAAGGAGCAGUUUCUGAGGGGUCUCGACUGCUGCUGCUCUGCAGCCUCACACACCCCCGGGGACACGAACGUUUCCAGUGGGAGCACCUGGAGUCAGCCCCCACUGACAGGCAGCUGACUGUGGCCACCUCCCGUAACCAGGAAGGCCACAGACUCCAGAUGGGUCCUACCUUGGAAAUACCUCAGGUGUCACAAAAGGAUAUGGGUACAUGGGAGUGCAGUGUGUAUGGGCCUGAAGGCAGGCUGGGAGCAGUGGAGUAUGGACUGCAGAUCACAGGUGCCCAGGUCUCCAGUCCUCCCAUCUUCAGUGGGCAGGUUACUUUUGGGCUCACACUUGCCCUCUUCUUCCUGCUUAUGGUCUGUGUUCUGGCUCUGGCCCUACAAAAAAGGGCUCAGCCUCCUGUCUUUCCAGCACUGGAAGGGAUGAUUGCAGUCACUGUGCCAAGGAAGGAGCUGGAGAAAAAGCAGGGAGAGAAGAUCCAGCAAACUGAGUGCUGA